GAAAUGAGCUGAUUAUCUUUUUGGCUGACCAAAAGGAACCCUACUUUAAGCCCCGUGUGAAGUUACCAAUGAAAGCUCUCAGUGUUACCAUAACCAGUGUAGUGCCUGGAGAUUAUGAUGGUGAUUCACAAAUGGAUGUCCUCCUGACCACCCGGGCACAAAAUCAUGGCAGAGAUGAACUUUCAGUGUUUAUUUUCUGGGGGCACAACCAAACAUUAGAUCUUAACCAUAAAACUAUGUUAAAUAAGACUUUCCACGAUGAGCCUCUAGUAAUGGACUUUAAUGGAGACUUGAUACCUGACGUCUUUGGUGUCACAAGUGAUUCAAGUAAGCCACAGAUAUUGAUAGGCGG